AUGGCCCGCCGGUCAAAAUACUUACCAAAUAACACGUCAACACAUGAUUUCACCGAAUCAGACACCGGCUCUUGUCUCCUCCCCACCACCAUCCUCCCGCCUACCUCCCCCAAUUCUCGCUGGUACCUUGCAAUACCUGGUGUCUUGACACGGGAAACGCGAGAAAAAAGUCGAUUCAGUGUGCAAACGAAGAAGAUCGCGAUCAUGAGCUUCAACACUUCGGCCAGCAACUUGAGCGUCUUUCUGGGGGUCAGAAAGCGUGUCGAUUCGAUUACAGAUGAGUCCUUUCUCUCCGUGAGGAGAAACAAGAGGCCUCGCAUGUCCGCAAUGGCUGGUCCAUUCGGCUCGGGCGCGUCGCGCCGCAUCGGUGAAGGGAGGGACCGAUUGAUUAGACGCAGUUCAUUCCUUAGCGAUGAAGGAGAUACAAGCUUUCUUAGCAUGUCUUCCAGUCGUUCUCGUAUCCUGAGCGGGAGCUCUUCGUUUACAGCCGGCUCGAGAUCGGACAGCCCCUUCUACCCCACCGACGCGCUGAGUGUGUCCUCUGCACAUCAGCUUAUGAGGACCAUCUCCUCGUCCUCUCUUCACGAGAUAUCCAACACUCCCUCCUACCCAGAGUCCUCCGCGAAACACCACAUGCAGAACAGCAAGAUUACGAUCAACUACACCCCACCGGAGGCGCCAGAGGGGAUCACUGCUCGUCUCUUGGGAUGUUCUGCCACCAACAUCGUCGCGUUCGCACGUAGCAACCGCAUUUACUUCACGAACCUGCACACGAACGGCCACGACGACAUUACUCCGCUCUAUAAGCUCUCCGACAACCGCGGCCACCUUCGUGCCCUUGAGUGGGGCGACAAGUCCCACCCCGAUGUCCUGGCCGUUGGUACGAGCAAAGGCUUCAUCCAAAUAUGGGAUGUCAAUACGAAGAAACUAACGACGACUCUGCCAACGACAAAAGACAUCUCAGCGUUGGCCUGGAAUGGACCCACUCUCACCAUUGGUGGCGUCAAGGGAACAAUCCGACAUUAUGACACGAGGAUCACACCUGUCGAGAAGAUGAGGGAACAAGCACGAAAGAUUACCCGCCACCAAGGGCAGAUUACCUGCCUCAGCUGGAACGAAGACGGAAAGCGACUGGCAAGCGGCGACGACACCGGUCUGGUGCAUUGCUGGGAAUAUGGCCAGAUGGUGCCCUUGAACGUCGGCGGGUUCGUUCAGCGGCGCAAGAAGAUCCAGCACGACUCCGGCAUUUCGGCCCUCAACUGGAGCCCUUGGUCGUCCAACCUCCUCGCCACGGGCGACAAGAAAGGGUUCGUCCAGUUCUGGAACAUCAACGCGGAGAACCCGCAAUCCAACGCCGCCACUUCAAACAAACUGGAAACCAGGGCGGUCAUCACAGGCGUACACUUCUCGCCACAGUGCAAAGAAAUUUUAACGACACACGGGGCACAGAUCGCUGGCUCUUCGGACUCGCAGGCGCCCCCAAAACCGGUCAUGGAGAACUCGCUGUCUGUGCAUUCGUAUUCGUCCCUCCGGCAUGUGGUCACGCAGAGGGUGCCCGCGGACAAGCCUAUCAGCGAGAGCGUCCUCAAUGCGGCGGGCACAAAGGUCAUCUUCAGCGUCCCCGGAGAGGGCAAGAUACAUGUAUGCGACGUGUGGACGAAGAGGAAGGAGAUCAAGAAGCAAGCGAGUUUCUCGAGCGUGACAUCGCUGCGCAUUCGAUGA